AUGGAUUUCGGUGCCAUAGCAAAUGGGAAGAGUGAUGACAGCAAGGCUUUUACUGUUGCUUGGAAAAAAGCUUGUGAUUGGAAUGGCAAAAGCAAGGUAUUUGUCCCACCAGGGAAAUACUUGAUCAGUUCAGUGGUGUUUGAAGGUCCAUGCAAAGGUCCAAUUUAUUUUGCUGUGAAGGGAUUUGUGAAGGCUCCUGCUGACCUUUCAACAUUGUUGAUAAGAAAAUAUGGAUUGGCUUUCGAUACCUCAACAACUUUACCCUCGCUGGAGGUGGAAUUUUCCAUGGCCAAGGACAAACCGCAUGGAAACAAAAUGACUGCCACAAAAACUCCAAAAAUAAAAUCUAUUAAUAGCAAGAAAGUUCAUAUCAACGUUUUCGCCUGCUACAACUUGAACCUAAAAUCUAUCGAGAUCUCAGCACCUGGGGAUAAUCCCAACACUGAUGGAAUUCACAUCGGCUCAUCAACUGAGAUUAAGAUUUAUGAUUCAUUGAUAGGAACUGGUGAUGAUUGUGUCUUACUCAGUCCCGAAAGUGAAAACAUUCUUGUCUCCAAUGUCUUAUGUGGACCAGGACAUGGCACCGACAAUGGUGUAAGAAUCAAGACAUGGCCCGACUCUUAUGAGGGUGUACUUUCCAAUUUCACAUUUGAAGACAUUGUCAUGAAUAAUGUCCAAAACCCCAUUGUUAUUGGUCAGGAAUAUUACCCAUAUAAUGCUUGUAACAAGAAGGUGAAGACCAGCAACGUGAAAUACAACAACAUUUUGCGCACUUCCUCCGCCAAAGUUGCAGUUAAUCUUCUGUGUAGCAGAUUGAAUCCGUGCAAAAAUGUGGAGAUUGGUGAUAUCAACUUGGUUUUCAAUGGCACUGAAGCGGGUCCAACAACGUCUUCUUGUUUAAACGUUGAGCCAAUCCUCAAAGGAAGACAUAUUCCAAUUACUUGUGUCUAG